UUUUUAUUCAAACCAAUUCACAUCUUCCCAAGACCCAACUACUACAACUUGUAGCAAGAAAAAUAUACUAUAGUUUUUGUCUUGUUUCCUCAGAUUCUUUGUUCAAUAUAACUCUUGUUUCUCGCCAAAAUUCACAACCUCCUCAUUACUAGUUCCAUGGAUGAAGAGAUCGAGAUUCCUCCUUUCUUUCUUUGCCCAAUCUCUCUAGAGAUCAUGAAAGAUCCGGUGAUAGUCUCUACGGGAAUAACCUACGAUAGAGACAGCAUCGAGAAAUGGCUCUUUUCAGGCAAGAAGAACUCGUGUCCGGUCACCAAACAAGACAUAACCGACGCAGAUCUCACCCCAAACCACACUCUUCGACGUCUCAUCCAAUCUUGGUGCACUUUAAACGCAUCCUACGGCGUGGAGAGGUUCCCGACCCCGAGACCUCCGAUAUGUAAAUCUGAGAUCGAAAAGCUCAUAAAAGAUUCAGCCUCUUCUCAUCAAAACCAGGUCAAGUGUCUCAAAAGACUUCGUCAGAUUGUGUCGGAGAACAAGACCAACAAGAGGUGUUUAGAGGCAGCGGGAGUACCGGAGUUCUUGGCCACCAUCGUAAGCAACAACGAGUCACAAAACGUAUUUGACUCUUCGAUGAGUUUGACCGACGAAGCCCUCAGCUUACUGUACCAUCUCGAGACUUCAGAGACAGUCCUCAAGAACCUUUUAAACAAAAAGAAAGGUAGAGAUAUUGUUAGCUCGUUGAUAAAUAUCAUGCAGCGAGGGAUGUACGAAUCUAGAGCCUACGCAACUUUGCUUCUCAAGAACAUUCUUGAAGUAGCGGAACCAAUGCAUAUUAUGAAUUUGAAGCCAUUGGUUUUCACUGAGGUCGUCCAGAUCCUGGAAGACCGGAUCUCACACAAGGCGACAAAAGCUGCUUUGCAUAUAUUGGUGAACAUAUGCCCAUGGGGAAGGAACAGACACAAGGCCGUGGAAGCUGGAGCGAUCUAUGUUAUGAUUGAGCUUCUCAUGGACGAGAGCUUCUCAUCAGAUAGGAGAGGUCCAGAGAUGGCGAUGGUGGUUCUUGAUCUGUUGUGUCAGUGUGCGGAGGGACGAGCCGAGUUCUUGAACCACGGAGCAGCUAUAGCAGUGGUGUGCAAGAAGAUAUUGAGGAUUUCGCAGACGGCGAGCGAUAGAGCUGUUAGGGUUUUGUUAUCGGUGGGAAGGUUCUGCGCGACGCCGGCUUUGCUGCACGAGAUGUUACAGUUGGGGGGCGUAUCGAAGCUGUGUCUUGUGCUUCAGGUUAACUGUGGAAGCAAGACUAAAGAGAAGGCAAAGGAGUUGCUUAAGUUGCACGCUAGAGUUUGGAAGGACUCGCCUUGUCUCCCAAGAAACAUGAUUCUUGCGUAUCCCUCGUGAUGAAAAUCAAGAAAACAACGUACAGUCAUUGAAACGAGAUGGAUUCUCAAUAAGUGCAAACGCUUAUAUGAGAGUUGCUCGUCGUAAUUUGUUGAAAAUACUUCUGGUUUAUUCCUAUAAUUAUCCAAUCAAUUUUAGUUUUCUAUACGUUUGAUGUUGAAGAUGUAGAUAAUAGGGGAACUUGUUCAUCAAAUAUUUUUCUUAGAAAAAAAAAGCUGCAAGAUAUGAAUGAAUCACAUUUUACAUGGCUAUCCUCUCUUGUUUAA